GCCAUAUUCUCUGCAACAUCUGCCCACAGAUCUGACCACUGGACAACUCAAACAAGACCUCUACGCCAAGAUUCAGACAAGAUGACCUACUUCACCUAGGUUGCUAAAGAAAAAUAAAUAGAAAGCACUAUGAUCUUCAACUUUCCUACUUCCCUGCAUUGCUUCCUGGACCAUCCUUGGCACUUAUCCCAGUCAUCAUGACCUCCUGUCCGUAUAGGUGCCCCCGAAAUCUGGGCAUGUGCCAGUAAGGCAAGUAUUUCCUCCUAAUACUGCUGAAGACCUCUUUCUGACCCAGAUCCAGAGGCCUCAAUCCUGCACCCUACCUCAUGACCCUGUAUUAAAAUUCUUUUAAAAAUCAAUUACAGUUGACAUAUAAUCCAGGGGUGGGGAAAAGGAGGUUUACAGGCAUUCCUAUGGAAAUUAAUGUAAUAAUUAAGAAAUAUUAAUAUAGGAAUAAACUCUGUUUUGUGUAUUCACAACUGUAAACCACUUUUGUCCCACUCUGCACAAUGGUUUCAUGUAUACAACAUAGUCAUUCUUAACUUUGUGUCUGUGGUGGAUUUUGUUUUUCAGUUCCUGUUCUGACACUGAUUUUCCAGAGAGGAUCUUAUGGCCUCUUGUGACUCCAAAGUCAUAUUAUAGGACUACAGUAUGGCACUAAGGUUUAACUUAAUGAUAAAAUUCCUGUUGCCUAAUGGCUCCUUGUAGCUAAUGUUGAUCUCACUCUUCAAUUUGGUGCUACAUCAUUAAACACUUUGCAUUUUGGCAUCCUAACCAUGUGGAAGAAAAAUGUCACUCACAUUAGUGAGUUCAUCCUGGUGGGUUUCCCCACUUCCCCUUGGCUUCAAGUUCUGCUCUUCUUCUUCUUCCUCAUCACCUACUUGUUUGUGCUGUUGGAGAAUUUAGUCAUCAUUCUCACUGUAUGGGUCACUGGACCCCUGCACAAGCCCAUGUACUAUUUUCUGGGCACUAUGUCCUUUCUGGAGGCCUGGUAUAUAUCUGUCACAGUCCCCAAGAUGUUGGCUGGGUUCCUACUUCGCCCCAAUACAAUCUCCUUCCUGGGGUGCAUGAUCCAACUCUAUUUCUUCCUCUCACUUGCCUGCACUGAAUGUGUGCUGUUGGCUGCCAUGGCCUAUGACCGCUAUGUGGCUAUAUGUUGGCCUCUUCAAUAUCCACUCAUGAUGACCACUGAAUUUUGUGUUCAGCUGAACAUCAGUUCUUGGGUAAGUGGCUUCACCAUUUCCAUGGCAAAAGUAUACUUCAUCUCCCAAGUUUCCUUCUGUGGCAAUAAUAUCAUGAACCACUUUUUCUGUGAUGUGUCUCCCAUCCUCAAACUGGCCUGCAUGGACUUUUCUGUGGCCGAGACGGUAGACUUUGCACUAGCCAUCAUCAUCCUUCUCUUUCCUCUCUCAGCCACUGUCAUUUCUUAUGCCUUCAUUGUAUCUACCAUCCUGCACAUUCCCUCAGCCACUGGGCAGCAGAAGGCCUUCUCCACCUGUGCCUCACACCUUACAGUGGUGGUCAUCUUCUACUCAGCUGCUAUCUUCAUAUAUGUUCGACCUCGGGCCAUUGCUUCAUUUGAUUAUAAUAAAUUGAUCUCAGUCAUAUAUGCAGUCUUCACUCCCAUGCUCAACCCUAUCAUCUACUGCCUGAGGAACAAGGAGGUCAAAGAUGCCAUUAGGAAAACCAUGGCAAGUGGUAGAGCCCUUUUCUUGAGAGAUUCUCUUUCCUGAAGAAACUUAUACAUUUCUUCUCUUUUUCAUCAUUUGACUGAACCUCAAAAAACACCUUAAUUUGGUGAAAAUCUGCCGUUAUAAAAAUACUGACAUAGUACAAUAAUUUAAGGAAAAGUAGCCAGAUACCAAAACAAUCCUCUUUUCUGUUAGGCCUUAUUUUGUCUUUCUUUUUAUAACACAGUGAGUGGAAUAAUCAGAACUCUAAGAAACAUAUGA